GCACGCGCUCGUCUAGAGAUUAACCCAGAGCUCCAGAAAGUGACCACAUGGCGCAUAAAACUUUUUCUACAAUUAUCAUUUGGCCAUGGUAUUAAAACUGACAACCUUCAAAUCCUCACGCUAUUUUACCGAACAUUUCGAAGGGAAAGGAAAGGAAAGGAAAGGGAAGGGUGGUGCUAUCUCACAGCGGUUUACCUCCAUGAACCUUUAAAGGUCCUGUAUAAAGCACUACAACCGAUUGGCUCUUUUGUUUAAUAUAUAGAAUACAACAUAGAUCAUUCUACAAACUGUAUUUCAAAUAGACCUGCUUUAGGAAACUAAAACCAUUAGAACCAAGUGCACCAUGUUGUUUUGUGAUAUAGAUCUUGCCUUCAGGCUUCUCCAUUACAGCACAGAUGCCCCAUCUGUCAGAUAAUCAAUAAGAUGGCGACGGUGAACGACUCGCGCCUGCUACAGCAGCCCUCUCAGAAGGACGCAGCCGAUCAGAACUUUGAUUAUAUGUUCAAGCUCCUGAUUAUUGGCAACAGCAGCGUGGGCAAAACCAGUUUCCUGUUCCGUUACGCCGACGACUCUUUCACCCCGGCCUUCGUCAGCACCGUAGGCAUCGACUUUAAGGUCAAAACUGUCUUCCGCAACAACAAGCGGAUCAAGCUGCAGAUCUGGGACACAGCAGGACAGGAGCGAUACCGAACCAUCACUACAGCGUAUUACAGAGGAGCCAUGGGCUUUCUUUUAAUGUACGACGUCACCAACCAGGACUCGUUUAGUGCUGUACAGGACUGGGCUACCCAGAUUAAGACUUACUCAUGGGACAAUGCACAAGUGAUCCUGGUUGGUAAUAAGUGUGACCUAGAGGAUGACCGUCUUAUUCCAACAGAAGACAGCCAGAGACUAGCUGAUGAAUUAGGUUUCCAGUUCUUUGAAACCAGUGCCAAAGACAAUAUAAAUGUGAAGCAGGUGUUUGAACGGUUGGUGGAUGUAAUCUGUGAGAAAAUGAACGAGACUGUGGAGGGAGAUGGUGGUCCACUCACCAGCCUCAAAGACUCCAAUUUGCAGGACUCUUCCAUGGAGGGACAUAGCAGCUGUGCCUGUUAAAGUACCAUCCCCUCACCAUCUUACUUCCAUUUAACCUUACACAAGUGCACCCUUGUCUCUGUCCCCCCCCCUGACGCACACCUGCCUUCAGAGACUUGAGACUUUCUGUCUGAUUUUCUGUUCUGGUUUAAGAUUGGUCAGAUUCUGCUAAGCUUGCUCACAUUUCUUUGGUAUCUUUCAAACCAGUUUUCUAACUAUCAAAUUCAUUUAGCCAGUGAAGUGAAAGCCUGUACAGUAGUUCAAAUGCAUGUUGCAUUCCUGCUAAUAGAAAAGGGUGUUCUGGUUUAGCUAAUGGUAUCUGGAGGCAUUUUGACCUAAGAUGCAGAGUGCCUUAAACCACUUAAAAUCCUCUAAAUAACCCCGUUUCGGCUCAUUUUAAAUCCUCUCACGACCGCACUAAGAAAUGCACAAGCCGCAUGGGGUCCAUGUGCUAGCAGCCAACAGAGAUAAACAUCUGUCCAUCCACACCCAUCCAUCCCCUCUAUUCCCUCACAUUCUCUGCUGACUGACUGUCUAGUCUGGAUGGAUGUGUUUGUGUCACAUACAAAACUGUUUUUUUUUACUGCCAGUCUUUUCCAGACUUGUGUACUGCCUGUUCUAUUUAAAAGUUGAGUUUUUAGAGGAACCACAUGUCAGAAAAAAAAGGGAGACAAGGGGAAAUGAACAAUCAUUAUUUCAUGUCAAAUAAUUCUUUUAAUGUGAAUAAUGAUGAUUAUUCUAGCAAAAAUGCUUAGUAAAAAUCUGAAUGUGGUUCAAUGGGAAUAACUAAGGCACCAUCACGCAACCUUUGAAUGAAUGUUCUAAACCUGUUACACUAAGUAUUGAACACCUUAAUACCAUGAAUGCCUAUUUAAUACUAUUCCUUUUUUUUUUUUGUAUAUCAUUUGCAAAAUUCACAGUUUAGUGUUAUUUCCUUUUUUUUAACAUUUAAUUUCAUUAUAAAGCCAGUCUUUAAGUAUUACAUUAAUGUACAAUUUGCUGAGGUGAAUCUUUUAAGUGGUGUUUUAGAGUUUACACUAUUAAUUGGUUUACAUUGAGGCUGUUCUGUAUGAAAAUGAUCAGAUGUAAACGCUAAGGGCUUGUGGAUGUGAAAAAGAGGGUGGUCUGCAUCACAUGGCUUGUAUUUGUAAAUCUUGUUUUUCUUCCAUUUGUGACCAGUACAGAAACUAAUCUUUUAUAUGGCAGAAUUCAGUAAUUGAAAAUGUGACGAUCACAUUUCUUUCUACGUUUUAGAUCUCUAUACCUCUUUCUUUGUACUAAACACUCGUGAUCAUUCAGUGCCAUGAUUGUGACCGAAUGUACAUAUUAGCUGUCUUAAAAUCCUCUAUGCCAUAUAUUGUUUUGUAUGGAGUGUUCUGGUUUCAAGAAUGCUUUCCUGGCCAAAAUUCCUUGUGAUGUUACCUAGUCAUUGUGAUAAUAAAAGAAACAAGAGAAAACUCUCAGCAGCAUCUCAUCUAACCUCCACCCCUUCCCGCUCUCUUUUCUCUAUCAAUCACCAAACAUACAGUUAGCUGUUAUGAUCCGUUGGCACCGUGCAGCAGAGAUACUCUGGUCUCAAUUUUUUUUCACAAUUUUUUUGUUGUUGUUCUGGAAAGUCUUAUACAUAUUAUAUCAUUAAUAAAACUCAAAAUUCUUUAUAUUGUAAGGAA